AUGGCGAAUAUGGGCGAGGAUGCUGGACCUUGUCCUCUCGGACUGGAAAGAAAUAGCAUCUGGGCUAACCUCCCCAGAACUACGGACCGGGAUAUGGGAGUAGGUCUCCAUCCAGUCCGCCAGUCCAUCCAGUCAGGCUGGUUCGUUCGAAUCGAACAGACAACAGCACCGCUUGCUCGCUCGGACAACCAAUGGGCACUUCCCCGGCGGCCCAGCACCACGGAUCACUUGCAAGGGGCCGGAAGAUCCACCAGGGUCCCUGUCUAUGGAGACGAUGAAACAUGCAAAAACGAAGUGACAGAACUCAGAAAUGGUUUGGACAGAUGUGGCAUGGAAAAACGACAAAGAAAGCUCUCUCCAGAGAGAGAUAACUUAAAGACCUUGUUUUUCCACCAUGAGGGGCCACCAUCCGCCAGGUGUGGCGUCUGUCUGAGUCUCUUACCCACCGUCGAGUCGAGUCGAGCCGAUGUUCCUAGUAUGUCACAAGGUGGCAGAGAUAACGGCGAAGCCUUCCCCGCCGCCUCUGCCUCGUCUCAUCGAGCCUUCUGGCCAAGAUCCAUCAAGCUAUCAAGCGGCUUCGGGAAGCUCUUCAACGAGCCAGCCGACCGCUCUCCUAGUCUCCGUAGUCGCCGUGAUUCUCGCAACGCAGCCAAUGGAGAGAGCUGCCUUGGCUCGAGUAGAGUCUAG